GCGUGUCAGUAGAUCAUAGAUGAAUUGUCACAGAAGGAGCAGAGAGACAGGAAAAUCUAAGGAGAUAAAGUCAUUGGACCCAAUUCUUCUUUCAGAUAAGUGUAUAUAGUUUUCACUUGUUAAGUGAUUUAUAUAUGUAUUUUAUAUAUAGGUAUAAAAACUUAAUUUUAGCACACACAAUCCAUAAGCAGUCCAUGUGUAUCAUGUAAAAGAUUGCCUAGUUCAGACCUUUAAAUGUUUCAGAUCAUUAGUUCUAAUUCCUGGCAUCUAUGUAUUUCUGUGCAUAGGCAAGGAGUAACUGCUCACUCAUUUCAGUACCUGCCUUCAGAGCUGUGUACGUUAGAUAAGGGCUACAGGAGAAGUUCCGAAUGCACAAGGGUUCUCAUAAGUGUAGGGAUUUGUCCUGUGGCUUCUUGGAUUUCAAGCAGGAGGAUACAUAAAGUGCAUUCAAAUUUCUGCCCUACACUUUUCACUGAAUUCUAUUGCUUUUUGUUGUUGCUGUUUCCUGUAAUCCAAGUAAUUUUUUUAAUACUCAGUCUGUUAUGUUCCCUUAAAAGAUUCCCUGAUAUUAGUUCUGUUACUGAAAGUGUUACAGAAUGUCUUACAAAUAUGAUUUUCCUAAUUAGUAGCCCAUACUAAUAUUUCAAAUAUCACUGGCUCCCUAGGAGUUCAGAGGUGUGACCGUGCUGUAGAACACCUGUAGAAGCAAGGCUACAGUCCAAAUUCUGCUUGUUCUUAAUGUACAAGACCUGCUUUUGGCAUCAAUCUUAAUUACCUCGGCAUUAAUCUUAAUUACCUGCUACCAUUGUUGGGACCUGCAGUACACUGUUCAGCUUUUCUGUUUCUCCUGUAAUUCCCUCUCUCAGUUCCCCUGGCUGUGGAUUACUGCCAUAAAGACACAUCUUGGAGAGAGGUAGCCUGGGUGGUGUUCCUUAUGCUGCCUGUAUGCAGCUGGCUGCCUUCUGAGCAGUGCCCCUGUAUGUGUUUAUGGAUCAUUACACCUGCACAGAUUGAAUAACAACAUUGCUUAUUCCAGACAAAGUUUACUACUCAUCUCUUGCUGUUUUUCUGAUUCACUGGAGCAGCAGAAUAGACACAAUCUCCCACAAAGCCUCCAAGAAAUCAUGCAAAAGUUAAGGAAUUAAUGCUUAUCUGCACAUGAAGUAGAAACUAGUUGGGUAACUUAGAUCUACUCUUGCAAUGCUUUACCAGUUAAAAUCACUUCAGCCUUCUCUGUUCAUUGCCAGUCCAGCUUCUGUAGAGAGGAAGGAGAUGUGCUACAUACCUUUUUCUUCCUUUUCUAAGCAGCAUUUGGUUUUGUGUAAUGAAAGCUAUGUGGAUUCUGGCUAAAAAGUCAAACAGAAGAUCAUUCUGCUGUAAGUAUAUAUUCAUAGAAUAAGUCCCUGCCCCUUUCGCUGUGAUGUUAGAACAGCAGUUCCUCUGAUGAGUGAGUGAUAAGGCUCAUCUGCCGUCCUACCUCCUUGCCCCUCUCAGAAGGGUGCUCCUGACAGACAGGCGAGGAAGCAGCACAUGCUAAUGCCGAGUUCUCCGGGCUGGUGUCUGCAAGACCAGACCAUACACAGAGGAGCACUGUUUAAAAUGUUAAAGGCAGUUUUAAAAAAGAGCCGAGAGAGUGGAAAAGGGAACAAGAAAGACUCAGGUGACUCCUCUGCAGAGAAUGCCUUGCAGGUUAUAGCAACAUCUGGCCAGAAUGCAGAUCUUCCCCCUGGCACUCAGCCAGGCUCUGAGGACACGUACAGAAUGAACUUGGCCAAAGGGGUCUCAAUGUCGCUGCCGUCUUCACCUCUGCUGCCGCGCCAGUCCUAUCUGAUGCAGUCAAGAUCAAACAAAAAGUCUCCAGGUCCAGUCAGGAAGCCCAAGUAUGUGGAAAGUCCCAGAGUGCCAGGGGAGGCGGCUCUACCGCUGAGGAAGGGACCGGAGCAAGGAGAACCCAGUCAGAACGCAAAGCCUGAUAAAGACUCGAGCUGUUCUCCUGCAGCACAAGAAUUGAUGACAAGAUUGGGCUUUUUACUGGGAGAAGGGAUCCCAACUUCUGCUCAUAUAGAAGAGAAAAAUGAAAUCAUGUGUACAGCAGCCAGCCAAGGCGUGAGCCCCUGCUCCACCCUCACAAGCAGCACUACCUCUCCCAGCACCGAUAGUCCCUGCUCAACUCUCAAUAGCUGCAUUGGCAAGAUGGCAGCUACCAAAGGUAGUCCCUGUGGAACCAUCAGCAGCCCGAGCUCCACCCUGGAGAGCAAGGACAGUGGAAUUAUAGCAACUAUAACAAGUUCAUCAGAAAAUGAUGAUCGUAGUGGAUCCAGUUUGGAAUGGAGCAAGGAUGGGAGUCUCAGGGCUGGAAAACAUCAAGGGAUUAGUCAUGAUCGAAGAACAGACAACUGUUCACCAGUUGCAGAAGAGGAAGCUGUUGGAUCUGCUGAGAAUUUGCCCAAAGUAGUGCCAACAGGAGAGGGUCCCAUUCUUUAUGCUCAAAGUUCUGGCUCUUUAAUAAUGCCUCGUCCAAACUCUGUUGCAGCAACAAGUUCAACCAAACUGGAAGAUCUGAGUUAUUUGGACGGACAGAGAAAUGCUCCUUUACGCACUUCAAUCCGCUUACCUUGGCACAACACUGCUGGUGGAAGAGUGCAGCAGGAAAAUAAAGGUCAUUUCAUCCCCUAUAAACCUCAAGACAUUUUGCUGAAGCCGCUGUUGUUUGAAGUGCCAAGUAUAACGACAGACUCGGUGUUUGUUGGAAGAGAGUGGCUGUUUCAAGCGAUUGAAGAAAAAUUGAAGAAUACUGAUCCAGCAGAGAACAGGGGAGCAGUCAUUACUGGAAAUGUGGGAUUUGGGAAGACUGCAAUUAUUUCUCGGCUGGUGGCACUUAGCUGCCACGGAAGUCGCAUGAGACAAAUAGCUUCAAAUGGCCCUAAUUCAUCCCCUAAAAGUGGUGACGCCUGUCAGGAGAUUCCUUUAAGUCAGUUACCCCUGUGUGCUUCUCCAGCAAGUGGUUCCAGUACAAUGAAGACAUUGAAUUUUUCUCCUGCUCCUGAAUACCAAAGUCCAGCAGGUGAUUCUGUGAGACAUCUUGCUUCAAGGGUCGUUGCUUAUCACUACUGUCAAGCUGACAACACAUACACAUGUCUUGUCCCAGAAUUUGUGCACAGUAUUGCAGCUUUACUUUGUCGUUCAAAUCAAUUAACAGCAUACAGAGAUCUUCUAAUAAAAGAACCUCACUUACAAAGCAUGCUUAGCCUGAGAUCUUGUGUCCAGGAUCCAGCAGCAGCUUUUAAAAGGGGAGUGUUGGAACCACUUUCAAGCCUCAGGAGAGAGCAGAAAAUUCCUGAGGAAGACUACAUAAUUUUGGUAGAUGGUUUAAAUGAUGCUGAAUUUCAUAAACCUGAUUAUGGUGACACACUUUCUUCAUUUAUCACAAGCAUAAUCUCUAAGUUUCCUCCCUGGCUGAAGCUCAUUGUGACUGUAAGAACUAACUUCCAGGAAGUAGUAAAUGCACUGCCUUUUAUCGCAAUAUCCUUGGACAAUUUUCCAGACAACAAAGAAAUUCAUGAUGAUUUGAAUGCUUAUAUUCAGUACAGAAUUAAUAACAGCCAGGAAAUUAUAAACAACAUCUCUUUAAAUGGAAAAGCUGAUGCAGCUAUUAUUGGGAAAGUGAGUAACCACCUGAUCAUGAGAAGCCUGGGAUCUUAUCUCUAUUUGAAACUCACUCUGGAUCUUUUCCAAAAAGGUCACUUAGUAAUCAAAAGUGCAAGCUACAAGGUUGUUCCAGUGUCUCUCUCAGAACUAUACUUACUUCAGUGCAAUAUGAAGUUCAUGACAAACUCCGCUUUUGAGCGAGCCCUGCCAAUACUGAACGUGGCACUGGCAUCCCUCCAUCCCAUGACAGAUGACCAGAUUUUCCAGGCUAUUAAUGCAGGCCAGAUAAAUGGUGAACAGCAGUGGGAAGACUUCAGCCAAAGGAUGGAAGCCCUUUCAAGUUUUCUGAUAAAAAGACGUGACAAAACACGUAUGUUCUGCCAUCCUUCCUUCAGGGAGUGGCUUGUUUGGAGAGCAGACGGUGAAAAUGCUGACUUCUUAUGUGAGCCAAGGAAUGGACAUGCUCUACUGGCUUUCAUGUUUUCUCGACAAGAGGGAAAGUUAAACCGCCAGCAAACUAUGGAACUUGGUCAUCAUAUACUUAAGGCUCACAUUUUUAAGGGUCUCAGUAAAAGGACUGGAAUCUCUUCCAGUCACCUUCAAGCCUUGUGGAUUGGUUAUAGCACUGAUGGACUGUCUGCAGCCCUGGCUUCUCUGAGAAACAUCUAUACACCCAACGUGAAGGUGAGUCGGCUGCUGAUCUUGGCGGGAGCAAAUGUGAAUUAUAGGACUGAAGUACUAAAUAAUGCUCCAGUGCUGUGUGUUCAGUCGCACCUUGGACAUGAAGAAGUGGUCACUCUUUUACUAGAAUUUGGAGCUGCUGUUGAUGGAACUUCAGAAAAUGGGAUGACAGCACUUAGUUAUGCAGCUGCUGCAGGUCACAUGAACAUAGUCUCACUGCUGUACAAAAAAGGUGCAAAGGCUGACUGUGUAGACAAGAAAGGCCAGUGUGCUUUGGUCCAUAGUGCAUUGAGAGGACAUCGUGAUAUCCUUGAAUACUUGCUCAAUGUUGUUUGGGUAACUCCUGCCCAAGAACAAAAUUCACUAAGAAAAAGCCAGGCACUGCAGCAAGCUCUAACAGCUGCUUCCAGUAUGGGGCACUGCCAGGUGCUUUGUUACAUCUUGGCGAUUGCCAAGGGCCACGACGUAGACAUCAAUGACACCGAUGCCUUGUGGGGAGAAACAGCCCUGACAGCUGCUGCAGGAAGAGGAAAACUGGAAAUCUGCGAAUUACUCCUUGAACAGGGAGCAGUUGUGACGAGAGCUAACAGGAGGGGGAUCCCGCCGCUCCUCUGUGCAGUACGGCAGGGGCACUGGCAGAUUGCUAAACUCCUAGUGGAGCACGGGUCUGAUGUGAAUUUAAGUGACAAGCAGGGACGAACUCCACUUAUGGUGGCUUCUUGUGAAGGACACCUGAGCACUGUGGAAUUUCUGCUUUCUGAAGGUGCAACUAUUUCAUCUCUGGAUAAAGAAGGACUGACAGCUUUGAGCUGGGCUUGUCUAAAGGGCCACAGGGAAGUGGUUCAGUAUUUAGUUGAGAAAGGUGCAACAACUGAUCAGACAGACAAAAAUGGACGAACACCCCUAGACCUGGCAGCUUUUUAUGGAGAUGCUGAUAUUGUGCAGUAUUUGGUAGAGAAAGGAGCAAUGAUUGAGCACGUUGACCACAGCGGCAUGCGGCCGCUGGACAGAGCGAUCGGGUGUCGCAAUACAUCAGUAGUGGUCAUGCUGCUGAGGAAGGGAGCUAAACUGGGAAAUGCAGCAUGGGCAAUGGCCACUUCAAAACCCGAUAUCCUCCUUAUUCUGCUGCAGAAACUGAUGGAAGAAGGAAACAUACUGUACAAAAAAGGCAAAAUGAAGGAAGCAGCACAGCGUUACCAGUAUGCCUUGAGGAAGUUUCCAAGGGAAGGAUUUGGAGAAGAAAUGAAAGCGUUCAAUGAGCUAAGAGUGUCAUUGUACCUGAAUCUGUCACGAUGUCGCCGAAAAACAAAUGACUUCGGUAUGGCUGAGGAGUUUGCCACCAAAGCCCUGGAUCUGAAACCCAAGUCUUACGAAGCCUAUUACGCUAGAGCAAGAGCCAAGAGAAACAGCAGAAAGCUACUUGCUGCGCUUGCUGACUUACGUGAAGCCACACAGCUCUGUCCCAGCAAUCAAGAGAUAAAACGUCUCCUGGCUCGAGUGGAAGAGGAAUGCAAACAGUUCCAGAGAACACAGCAGCAGAAGCGUCAGUCUCCACAGCUACUGCAGCAGGUCAACAACUCCGAUAAUGAGGAGGAGGGCGUCACCCAAGGCGUGAAUGAUCGUUUUAAUCUUCAGGACAGGGAGGAUGAACUGCCACACUCUGCUGAACCCGUUUCUUCUCCGCAAAGGCUGCAGCGUUCCUUGGCUGCUGCAUCACACAGCCGGAGCCUCCAGGAGGGCGCUCAGCCGGCGGCUCGGUCCGUGUCCCCUCCUGGCAGAACGGGCAGUAAGUACCUGAGAGAGCCGGGCUUCAUCCUGCAGCCCAGCAAGCAGGCCCAGAUCGUCAAGACCAACCAGCACCUGGGCUCCGUCCAGCCUGGAUCCAAGCCUGGCAGCAGCGGUCAGUGCCCCGCAAAGCCACAGCCCCCUCCUCAGCAUCUCCCGCAGAGCCCCGCGCCGGCGCGGCGCGGCAGGGCGCAGCUCGCUGCUGGGGGCAUUCCCCCUGCAAAUUUUGAGCUGUUCUCUGUCAAACACUUCCAAACUAAAACUUCCUCUCCUGUUGCUGCCCCAGGAGAUGGGGUGCAUGCGAAGGACCGCGAGGAGCUCCAGUGCCCCCUCCCCAGCCGCUGCCAGGACAGCAGAGCACCCAAGCAGGCCCCCCAUGCACCCCCCGACACCACCCCAACACCGCCACCUCACAGCGGCAGGGACGGGCCCCUCGGCCACGCCACUGCUGCCAAACCAAAGCGAUCCUUCAUCGAGUCAAACGUGUAAAUGCUCCCUUCUAUAUUGACCGGGUUGUAAAACUUGGCUGGUAACAUGGCAGGGGUAAGUGCUGCCCAGAGCGCUGCUGGGCUGGGCACCUGAGCCCGAGGGAAAAGCAGCCCAGGGUGGCCGGUUCUCAACGGAUCCAACCACUUGGAGCUGCUCCUGCCUGCCCGGGACAGUCAUGUAACUGGAACAGCAGCAUGUGUAGGAGGAGUCGAUGGGGCUCAUUGAGCCACCCAGGUAGGGCCUCCAUCACGUUCUGCCGUUAAAUAAGACUUUCCUUUUACUUGGGGCUUUACUCGUGGCUUUGGCUGUGUGACAUCUCACCACUCCUGUAAUACUUGUGCCUCUAUAACGCUUAAGUGCUUCUCUAAACAGUGUUAAGAAAGAUCCCUGCAUAAUACUCAGAUCUGUAUAUGUAUGUGGGUUUUUUUUUUUUUAAAUCAGAGAUAGUAUUUUAUCACUUUUCUAGUGGGAUGUAAUUUGGGUUGCAUGAUGUACAUUUAGGAAGCAUAAAUAAUUUGUGUAUGAGCAAACUAUAAGCGGCCAUGUUUUGACAUGUAAAUAUAACUAUUUUUAGUAACUAGACAAGUAAAAUAAACAGUGACAUUUGCAUGUGUAUUGAAAGGCUUUGACCAUAUUGGUUAUUGCACUGAAGAACACAAUAUUAUGGCAUAUUAACAAUAACCGCACUUUAUUAUAGUUUAUCUAAUCACCUUUGGGUGCUAUCUUAAAGCAAAGAUGAUGAUUUAUUGUUUAUUCCUGAAAAAGGUACAGCAAUGAAACGUUUAGUAAGUGUUUUUAUGGGAAACCCAAGAAACUGACAGAGUGAAGAUGGAAGUUUGAGAAGUGUAUGUGCAGCUGCAUGACAGGACGAUGUGCAGUUUUGCGGAGGAAAUACCAGGUUUUACUUUGGUAAGAACGUUCUGAAAAUAAACAGGUUU